AGCGCUACCCGCACUCUACGAUUCCCCGGACCGUUGACACAAUCCGCCGUCUGCUUCCAUACUCCUCCGCUCCAGUGUAUUCAAGAGUAUUCAAGUAUACGUGAACGGAAUCGCUCGCGUAAAAAGCUGGUGGACCGUAGCGUCAAAAACGUCGCAAUUCUCAUUACCGUCGUCGUGUCUUAGAGCAUCGUGUCGCUUUCAUCGUUAUUGUCGUCGUCGAGUCCGUAAUCCAUUCCUGUAAGAGAAAGAGAGAACCGCAGAGGAGGAACGCAUCUGCCGUUACGUGGGAGCACUGGGAGCGCAUCUGCGUUAGAUCGGAACACAUCUGUGAGAGACGCGCGUCCUACGCGGGACCUCGCACAGCGCGUCACUCUCGGAAAUUCGUGUGUCGACGCGGACCGACGUUUCGCGUCGCGACGCCGUGCUAGUGUUGCCCGGCUCUCAUUCACAAGGAUUAUCAUUAGAAUUUCGCGUUUUCGACCCUGCCGUUUACCCGCAACCCGGACAGAAUGGGGACGAUUUGCUACAACUUCUCCAAGUACACGCUGGCGGCCAUGAGCCUCGUGUUUUUGAUAAUCUCGGUAACGGUGAUUACCUUGGUAGCAUGUAUGCUGUCGGACAAAACGUAUUUAGUAUCGAUCGCCGAGGAAGGAAACAACUACGAGGCAGGCCUGUACAUUCUGCUUUGCACCGGCAUCCUCAUGUUGAUCGUUUCCGUCCUAGGCUGGUGCAGUGCCUUCAAGCACUCUCGAUAUUGCCUUGCCACCUUCUGUAGCAUUAUGCUCGUCAUUGUUGUCGCGCAAGUCGCCUUCGCAGGCUGGCUUUAUGCUCAUAAAGACCGUCUAGACGAACUGGUGCGAUCUUCCGUGAUAAACACCGUUAAGGAUGAAUACGGCGAGAUACAAUGUCGCACGCAAAUCAUGGAUACGAUUCAAUCCACUCUCGAAUGCUGCGGAGCCAACGGACCUGCAGACUGGGCCGGCAGCAAGUACUCGAAUCAGAAAAUUGGACAAUCUUCUCAAUCGCAGCUCACUUUUGAUGUUUCAAACGCGGACAACAUGUUUAUGAUACCAAAAUCUUGCUGCAAAAAUGCGAAUAGCGAAGAAUGCAUUAGCGGUGUCUACGCGAAGAUUGCUGGUAUCGUAAGCUCUGCGAUCUACAGCGAGGGAUGCAUGGAGAAGUUGGUGACUACACUGAAGAGUCAGACUUGUCACUUUAUGGGUGCAGCGAUAUUGGUCUUAGCUCUAGAAAUCCUUAGUCUGAUACUCGCUUUAAUUUGCUGUUGCAAAGGUGAACCAUCAGAUAGAUACAAAGCUUAAACUGACUCAUUGCGUGAAUUAUGUAAGAAUCUUCCCUUCACCGGGUGUCCCACAAUAACGGCUUAAUACCAAAAAUAAUCAAAAUUUUGUUUCUGUGCCAAUGCCAGCGGAUUCUUGGCAAAUUGUGUUUUGUAUUUAGUUACGUAGGAUAAACAAGACAUUUAUCGCGAAGCAUACAUUUUAUGAGUAAUCAUUGCUUAGGAGUUAUAUUUUGUGUGAAUUGGUAUGCGUUAUUUUGGGACCAAUUCAAGAUCUGACGUAUAAUAUAAUAAUAUUAUUUUAUUAUUUUACUUUUUUUUUGUAAAUAACUUAAUAUUUCUUUUUAAUAUACAGCGUGUAUUUUACAAAACUGAUUUUUACAAUUUACGCACACGCAUGACAUACUUGCGGGAGUAAUACAUCAGAUUUUCCGAUUGAUUUGUCUUAAAAGGGUACAAAGAUAUGACAGGUAUUAAAGUAUAUAAUUGUAUGAAAAUUUUAUCGACACGCGAAAGUUUCGAAAGAAGAUUAGAUCUCUUUACGAAUUGAGGCUAUUGAA